AUGUUGGCUACAAAUGAAAUUCCAAGUCAGUGCACAGUUCUGGUUAUAGGUGGUGGCCCUGGAGGUUCAUACGCAGCUGCAGCGCUUGCGAGAGAGGGGGUUAGUACAGUAGUUCUGGAGGCUGAAAAAUUCCCCAGAUACCAUGUCGGAGAGAGCAUGCUGGCUUCUAUGAGACACUUUCUUCGCUUUAUCGACUUGGACAAAGAGUUCGAUGCCUACGGUUUCAAGAAGAAGGUUGGAGCAGCGUUCAAAUUGAACGGGCGAAAUCGAGAAGGGUACACGGACUUUCUCGCAUCUGGAGGACCGGACAACUACGCUUGGAACGUUAUUCGAUCUGAAGCAGAUGAGAUCCUGUUUAAACACGCUGGGAAAAGCGGAGCGAGUAUGCAUGAUGGGGUCAGAGUUGAUCAAAUCUACUUUGAUAACGUCGAGUCCCAGUCCGCUACAAAUGGAAACCGCGAGUCUCUUGGAAGGCCGAAAUCCGCUUCCUACACUAAUCAUUCGACGGGUGCGUCGGGGACGAUCAAGUUUGACUAUCUUAUAGAUGCUAGCGGUCGUGCGGGAAUUCUGACUUCGAAGUACUUGAAGACUCGCAAAUUCAAUCAAGGUUUAAAGAACCUUGCUAAUUGGGGGUACUGGAAGAAUACUGGCGCAUAUGCUGUGAAUACAGCAAGAGAAGACUCACCAUACUUUGAGGCGUUGACAGAUGAAAGUGGCUGGGCAUGGUUUAUUCCACUUCACAACAACACAACCUCUGUGGGAGUUGUGAUGAACCAGGAGUUAGCAGUUGCCAAAAAGCGCUCGUACGGCUCUACUCAAGAACUUUACAUGGCAGCUUUAAAGCUCGCACCUAAUAUCACCGAACUUUUGGGCAAUGGAGAAGUGGUCACGAACAUCAGAUCUGCCUCAGAUUACUCAUACAAUUCCUCAACAUACGCUAUUCCUUACGCACGAGUAGUAGGAGAUGCAGGAUGUUUUAUCGAUCCAUUCUUUUCAUCCGGUGUCCACUUGGCAUUUGCCGGAGCAUUAAGCGCAGCAACAACGAUUUGUGCAGCUAUUCGAGGGCACUGUGACGAAGCAUCUGCUGCAAAGUGGCACUCGCGAAAAGUUGCCGAUGGCUAUGAAAGAUUUACACUCGUGGUUCUAAGCGGAUAUCGUCAGAUGCGCAAACAGCAGGAGCCUGUGCUUGCGGACUUCGACGAAGACAACUUUGAUAGGGCAUUUGAAUUUUUCAGACCUAUCAUUCAAGGCACGGCAGAUAUUUCCGACAAGCUUGCACAAUCCGAGCUCUCCAAAACGUUGGAUUUCUGUGCCUUUGCCUUUGAACCGAACUCUCCAGAAGAGCGGAUCAAACUUCUGGAAAAGUCUUCUAAUAAUGGUACUGUAAUAGCGACCGCUGCCGAAGGAAGCUACACUGAGAAAGAAGUGUCAUUCCAUGCGAACCUCACUAUUGAAGAGGAAAGAAUUGCCAAACGCAUACGCGCAAGAAAAAUGAUGAGGAUGGAUGAUUCUUUGGGGAUUGAAAAUUUUAGGACGGAUGUCAUUGAUGGAUUGGCUCCGUUUUUGAAGAGGGGGAGUUUGGGUUUGGUGACGCCUAUGGGGUGUGAGGUGAAGGGAUAG